GAAAAGUUGUCAUCACCUUUCUUUCCCCUUCUCCUUCUCCUUCUCCUUCUGCUCUCUCUCUCUCUGAGUUGCAGAAUCCGAGGGAAACCCGAAAGGGGCUGGCGAUCAGGGGGCUAGCUGGGUUAGUUGGUGAAUAGUGUUUGGUGGGAGGUUCAAAAGUGAUCGGAGGGGGAGUUAUUUUGGAAAUGGCGUGCCGGGGGUGCAUGGAAUGCGUGCUGAAGCUCUUGAACUUCUUGUUGACGCUUGCUGGUCUGGCGAUGGUGGGAUAUGGGAUCUACUUGUUCGUCGAGUACGAAAGAUCGUCCAGUGACGCCGUCGGUUACUCGCCCGUAGGUGCUGAUGAGGGGUUGGUGCAGCUCGGCCGUCCCUUGCUCGUGAUGGUCUCUCUCUCGUCCAGUAUCUUCGAUAAUCUGCCCAAAGCUUGGUUCAUAUUCUUGUUUAUCGGUGUUGGAUUGGUCCUCUUCAUCAUAUCUUGCUUUGGAUGUACCGGAGCUGUAACUAGGAAUGGUUGCUGUUUGACUUGUUACUCAGUCUUGGUAAUUUUGUUGAUCUUGGUGGAGCUGGGGUGUGCUGCGUUUAUAUACUUCGACAAAACCUGGGAAGAUGAUUUACCUACUGAUAAAACUGGAGACUUUGACAUGAUAUAUGAUUUUCUGAAAGAGCACUGGACCAUAGUCAGAUGGGUGGCUCUUGGAGUGGUGGUAUUGGAGGCAUUGGUCUUCUUGUUGGCUUUGAUGGUUAGGGCAGCAAACAGACCUGCUGAGUAUGACAGUGAUGAUGAGUAUAUUGCCUCACGACAACAGAUCCAGCGGCCAUUGCUGAGCCGGCCACCGCCACCGCCACAGCCAGCUGCAGGCGUUCCAGGGGCCGGUGCCCUGGAUCAGCGGACAAGCAGAAAUGAUGCUUGGAGUACUCGAAUGAGGGAAAAGUAUGGGCUGGAUACUGCUGAGUUCACAUACAAUCCAACUGAGUCGAACAGAUUCCAGCAAGGGCCAACGCAGCCAACGGAAGAAAGGAGCCGCUGCUCUAUUAUGUAACAAUGGUACAUUGAUUUGGGUUUUGUCUUGGGAGAUGAACCCUAGACAACCGCACGUUCAAGUUCAUAACUCAGAGGAGCAGUUUUCUCUUUGUUGAGGAUGUGUAGCAGCCUUUUCUCUCUGUUCUGUUUAUUCCCCCUCUUCCCAUUUGGUCGUGCGUAACCAUGUGUUGCUCGUAGGAUAUGUACUCCGAAACAGUUUUCUUGCCGUGGACUUGGCAACUUUAACGAGCUUAAUCAAAUUUUUGUACUUAA